AUGGCUUUCUCACAUAUACCCUUUCUAUCGACGCCUUCUCUACCAGACCACUGUACUCCGACUUCUCCUUUCUUGACCGAUGUCUCAUCCUCCUUCGGAUUUUGCAUACCCACUCCCCUCGCCGCUCUUUCUACCCUGCUCGGAACACUCUCCAUAGUGUCAUGGCUAUUUGCUCAGAUGCCACAAAUCUUCAAGAAUUACCAUCUAAAAUCCACCGCGGGGUUAUCGAUAUUCUUUCUAGCGGAAUGGUUGUUGGGGGAUUUGACCAAUCUUCUAGGAGCCAUUUUCACCAAACAGGCGGGAUGGCAGAUCAUUAUUGCCAGCUAUUAUGUCUUUGUUGAUAUGUGUCUUGUCGUUCAAUAUUUCUGGUACACUCAUUGCACGAAAUGGAUUUAUGCCAAAAAUCUCCAUUCCACAGGAAGCAGUGAUAUCGACGAUGCCGACAGUGCCAUUAUCAAUGGGCUCUCACCCAUCAAUUCCAACUUCGCCCACGAAGGUCCACUCCUACGCGACCUGGACGACAGUCCUCAGAAGUCUACCGAGCCAACCAGCACCCAUGGCCCUCAAUUCUCACCCGUGAACUAUGGAGAGAAGAAUGGUACGCCGCCAAGAGAUAUAUCGUCCACCGACAGAUUGGCAUCGAGUUGGAUGCCGUCCCCUUCCCCUCGAACAUUUAUACACGCGGCCACCAUGGCUUCUCUCGCAUCCAAUGUGGCGGCCGCUCCCACACCUUUUCCAACCGACCACUACCAGCACGGGAUCCAUCUUCUUCGCGUCGAGACUCCUCGUGAGAUUGCUGGAACGAUCUUGUCCUGGUGCUCCACCUUGUUGUAUCUCGGCUCUCGAUUGCCGCAACUAUAUAAGAACUGGUGUCGUCAAUCGACUGCCGGUCUGUCUCCUCUUUUGUUCCUUGCCGCCUUCUGUGGUAACUUUUUCUAUUCUGCAUCUUUGCUUACCAAUCCGAAUGCUUGGAAUGAUUAUCCACCGUAUGGUCACCACGGUUGGGUCGAUGCAGAAGGUUCACAGCGAUGGGCAUGGGUGGCCCGAGCCGCCCCAUUUUUCCUGGGUGCUGCGGGAGUUUUGAGCAUGGACGCUUUGAUGGGAGUUCAAUUCAUUAUGUACGGAGAAAGGGAAGACCGAAUCGUGAAAGUGAGAGAUGGCCAUGGUUAUAGUCAUUGGGAGAGGGUUAAUGGAUGGAUGAGAGGUUGGAUCCCGAGUAUGGCGGGGAAGGAUAGAGUGGUGGACAUGACCCAAAGUCAAAGGCUUUUGAGUGAAAGUGGUCAUAUGAGCAUGGGUCGACGACGGAGUACCCUGGUUGAUUAUGGUACAAUAGAGUGA